CGGUCACCGCUACUCUUAUUUUAUUAAAAAAAUUCUUACGUAAACAGAACAGAACAGAACAAGACAAGACAAAAGCUUCUGUUUCUCGCCCCCUCGCUCACUCUCUCUUGCUCCAAAGUUUUAUUGAUGUAGCAGAGAGAAGAGAAGAGAACACUAAGAAAGGUUUCUUAAAAACAAUCCAUGGAUUUGCAAAAACUGUGCCUUGUGAUCACUGUCACAGCUGUGAUUUCACUGGUGUGUUACCCAUCUUCAGUUACCGCAGGAGAUAUAGUUCAUGAUGAUAAUUUAGCCCCAAAAAAGCCAGGCUGCGAAAAUGACUUCGUUUUGGUAAAAGUUCAAACUUGGGUCGAUGGAGUUGAGGAUGCUGAAUUUGUUGGUGUGGGUGCUAGAUUUGGCACUACCAUUGUGUCAAAAGAGAAAAAUGCAAACCAAAUUCGCCUCACACUUUCAGACCCUCUAGAUUGUUGUAGUGCACCUAAGCAUAAGCUUGAUGGAGAUGUCAUCAUGGUUCACCGAGGUCAUUGCAAGUUCACUACCAAAGCAAAUAAUGCUGAGGCUGCUGGUGCUUCAGCCUUGCUCAUUAUAAAUAACCAAAAAGAACUUUACAAGAUGGUCUGUGAGCCUGAUGAAACUGAUCUGGAUAUACACAUACCUGCUGUUAUGCUUCCACAAGAUGCAGGUUCAAGCUUGGAAAAAAUGCUGCUAACUAAUUCAUCUGUGUCUGUGCAGCUUUACUCUCCAAGGCGACCAUUAGUUGAUAUUGCUGAAGUCUUUUUGUGGUUGAUGGCAGUCGGUACCAUCUUGUGCGCCUCUUAUUGGUCUGCAUGGAGUGCCAGAGAAGCAGCUAUUGAACAAGACAAGCUAUUGAAGGAUGCUGUGGAUGAAAUUCCAAAUGAAAAGGCUGUGGGUUUUAGUACUGUUGUAGACAUUAAUACAACGUCAGCUGUUCUGUUUGUUGUCAUUGCUUCAUGCUUCUUGGUCAUACUUUACAAACUCAUGUCAUAUUGGUUCAUAGAGCUUUUGGUGGUCCUCUUCUGCAUAGGUGGUGUGGAGGGAUUGCAAACUUGCCUGGUCGCUUUGUUGUCAAGGUGGUUCAAGCAUGCUGGAGAAUCAUACAUUAAGGUGCCAUUCUUUGGACCUCUCUCUUACCUAACUUUGGCUGUUGCUCCAUUCUGCAUAGCAUUUGCAGUUGUUUGGGCUGUGUAUCGCACUGUUUCCUUUGCCUGGAUAGGUCAAGAUAUACUGGGAAUUGCACUGAUAAUCACCGUUCUGCAAAUUGUCCAUGUGCCUAAUCUCAAGGUGGGUACAGUUCUUCUCAGUUGUGCGUUCUUGUAUGACAUCUUUUGGGUGUUUGUUUCUAAGAAGGUGUUCCAUGAAAGCGUCAUGAUUGUGGUGGCUCGUGGUGAUAGAAGUGGAGAGGAUGGAAUACCGAUGCUGUUAAAGAUCCCACGCUUGUUUGAUCCUUGGGGUGGUUACAGCAUCAUAGGAUUUGGUGACAUCCUUUUACCCGGAUUGCUGAUAGCAUUUUCCCUCAGGUAUGAUUGGUUAGCAACUAAGAGUCUUCGAGCUGGGUACUUCCCAUGGGCAAUGCUUGCUUAUGGACUAGGUCUUCUCGUUACUUAUGUGGCACUGAACUUGAUGGAUGGCCAUGGGCAACCAGCACUGCUCUAUAUUGUCCCAUUCACCCUUGGAACUUUUCUGGCACUGGGGAAGAAAAGAGGGGAUCUCAGAGUCUUAUGGACCCAAGGAGAACCAGAAACACCAUGUUCCCAUGUCCGUCUCCAACAUAGUGAAGAAUUGGACUAGGAAAAAUAAGACUCCUUGUGUAAUUAUAUUUGUAGUAUUUUGUAGUUUAUUGCUCAUCCACGGGGGAGCUGGUGGUGAAAAAGCAGCCAGUCAAGAAUAACAUAAAAUUGAAAUAUUGUAUCAAAUCUUCAGGCCCUUCAGAUCAACCUUGGGCUGACUAUAAGUUAACAUAACGAGAGUGCAUUAUUGUUCCAAGAAAA